UUUCAGGAAGAGACUGCCGUAGUUACUAACGUAAACACUAACCUUCCAUGCUCUCCAACUGCUGAUAAUUGCUCUUCAUGCUUUAGGAACGACUGCCUAUGGUCUGUUGUUGCUUUAUCGUGCGUCAUCGAUUACAACAAGCAGCGGUUGUCGCGUGUAUGAUGCGAGUGGCGUAAUCAGCUGUCGUCGAGCGACGAUGAGGAUGACAAACGAUGGGCGAAUCACGACGUGGCGAGCGAACGGAAUUAAGAAGGCAACGAUUAUCGUCACGGCUUAUCUAUGCGAACGGUGUGAUUGAACGUCUCCUAAUAAGCGUUUUUCAAUGAUUCUGUUUGAUCGAUACCAUUUCAAUUAAUUCUCGCACAAUUAGAUCGCACUGAUGCACGUAUGAGAACGAACAGUGGUUAAUAUGUCUUCCAGGAUAGAGACAAGAAGAAAGUAUUGUAUUUAUUUACGUCCACGUGUAACGUAAUGGAGAAGAGCUCUUUGUGAUCCAUUGUAGUCGAUAGUCAUCAGGAUGUCUGAAAAUACACACAACAAAGAGAAAUGGCAGCUAUUGCAGAGUCUACGAUCUACUGUGGAAGGUCUGAUGAUUGAUGGAGUGUCUAACGUAUGGAAUGUUUACGGUGGUCUAAACCGAUUGCAUAAUGUGGUGGAACAGAUAUUCAAACAUGGUUGUCGGAUAUAUGAUCCUAAUGGUGAACCGGACUGUUGGAUAUUUAUUCAAGGAUUAAACUGGCUUCAACCUUCCUUAGCGACAUCACCAGUGUUGUCAGAGAAUGAAGAUUAUUUGUGCAAUUUACCAACUAGGAUAACCUCUAAGAAAGACAUGUUGUGGCUGUAUAAAAGUUUAGAAAGCCAUUCUCUAUCACACAAAUUAUCGUGGUUGUUAUCUGAUAAAGAACAUCUACUUUCCUGUCUUGAGCCAUGGGCAUUUCUUUGCCAAGAGAAUCUGGCAGAAGCGACACUUUUAUGCCUAAGAGCAGUGGAAAGGAAUCAGCCUGUACUACUUGCAGAAAUUGACCCUUGCUUAUUUUUGCCAACUUGGAUAUCUCCCAGAGCGAGUCCCAGGCGGCAUCGUCGUUCAUCCUCGUACCCAGUAAAUUUCUCCAGUAUUGGCCACAGUAUGCCGCGAGACAAAAGCCUCAGUGUAUAUAGCAGAUGUCACUUGGAUCAGCUGAGUAUCUCGGGGACCACGUCACGCGACACAGUGAAUACAGAGAGCGAAGAGACGUCAAAAUCCGCACAAGCCACCGAUAUCGAUAGCGAGCAAAGCGAUUCUAAGAUUCAAGAAAUACCUCUGAAAACGUGGAACAGUCUGCCUGCUUUAGUUAAAAAUCACUGCAAGAUGAGCGCAGUUGACAGCAGCUCAACUGCUGUCUCACCGACCGUCCAAGAAAACGGAAAUAAUAAUAACAGUAGUAAUAAUCCUCGUGCCUUUGAAUUGGCAGAGAUCAUUGACAUUAUCUACUCGGAAUCAAAGCAGCCCGAUGAUCCCAAUGUAAACAAGCUUGUGGCAAAGCCCAAGACAUCUGUGAGGCGCGAACGAAAAACGAGGAAUCGAAGGACAAAGAUUCGACCGAGCCAGGCUAAGGGAGCGUCUUACAAUGUGUUUCCCGAGGCCUCUUCGAGUGUUCACGAAGAAGCCGGGAAUGUUGAGGAGACGCGGCCGAUUGCAACGAACGAAUCGGUGGAGAUGAGGUAUUUAGAGCAGUGUACAACACGCAGGAAGACUUCGUUUCUCGUAGGAUCGGCGCCCGAAUUCACAGGUUCGUGGAGCUUAGAGGUCGAGGGUCAGAAAGAUAUCCGGACCCCGCGGAAGAGCUUCAUGGAAGACGGUGGUAGUAGUGUGCAACCGAUGGCGACUGGUUAUUUUCCACGUCCGGCUGAAGGCCAGAGUUUGGCCAGUUUCUUGACCUCCGCUCAGUUUUCUCGUGCCCACGACGCCGAGCUCGACCGUGAGAACGCACAUUUCAGCAUCUGUGAGGCAAUGAUCGCUGCUAUCGAGCAGGUGAAGUGCAAUCGUUUGCAGCGUCGGCUGCUGGAUGACGCGGUCGACGAUGAGAGUGACGAGGAGAUCAAUCGACUAAAGCAGCGAAUCCGAUUGCGACGUUGGCAACGACAGGAGGAGAAAUGUCGGGGCAAAGGCUGGAGUCGCGAUCUGCUGAGCGAUGGCAGGACCGACACGACCACGACUACUGAUCAAAGUGUCAGCCCGUUGUCCACGUCCCCGGGGAGCUCCUCCGACAGCGUGUGCACGGACUCCUCGGAACUGGACGAGCGGAACUCGCUGAAGUUUCGGAACAGUGGUAUGUCUUGGUCCAGUGUCGAUUUGUUUUCGGACACGGAAUCGCGUACAGCAAGGCACGCUGCGGAUUCGACCUUAAACGAGAGCAGCGUGUCCGCUGAGGGAGUGGCUCUUUCUCUCAUCAGUCGCUUCAGCGAAAAGCAAUUGCCUCGGGCAAGCGAGCUGCAAUGGCUGGUGUCGGAGAAGGACGCUCCUCAGCGUUUGUUGCCGAUGCCGAAGAGCUGGCCGGUCAGCCCCGACGAAGCCGAGACCGAAGACGCGACAACAGUUUCAUUGAGGGGGACUACCGAAUGGGCUCCUCCCCGACCGCAGAUUAUUUUCACCCCCCAUGCACCACCGGUGAGACGAAUGUUGAUAGCGAAACAGAAUUACAGAUGCGCGGGUUGCGGUAUGAAAGUAGCGGUGAAGUACGCCAAUCGCUUUCGCUAUUGCGAGUAUUUGGGUCGAUAUUUUUGUACGGGCUGCCACACGAAUCAAGUAGCGUUUAUACCGGGGAAAAUUCUAUCGAAAUGGGACUUUAAUAGAUACCCCGUGUCGAACUUUUCGUAUCGAUUAUUGGAUCAAAUGAUGUCGGAUCCGUUGUUCCACGUGAACGAUUUGAAUCCGCUCCUGUACAGACGCAUUAAACAAUUGGAUAAAACGAGAGUUCUACGUACGCAACUAUUCUUCCUGAAAGAUUUCCUAUUCACUUGUCGAUUUUCGACUGGCCUUCAAGAUAUGCUGAAGAAGGAACCGAAUUAUAUCAUAAGCGAUCCUCACGUAUAUUCAAUUCAAGAUUUGAUACAUGUUAAAUUUGGAGUAUUAUUCGUCAGGUUGCAAGAGCUCGUCGAAGUUUGCUGCGCGCACAUCGCAGGCUGCGAGUUAUGCCAAGCCAGAGGAUUCGUGUGUGAAUUGUGCUGUUCCAAGGACAUCAUAUUCCCAUGGGAUCUGUCGCGGGUUAUCCGAUGUGAAAAGUGUGGCGCCUGCUUCCACGUGGAUUGUAAACGUGGUGACAAGCCCGAGUGUCCACGAUGUCAGAGGCUACGUGUCAGGCAAAUUUCUAGGGAGGAGAAGCCUUGACGAACGACGAAGGCGUUCCUUGUUACGCCAUACCGAGUAGAAUAUGCAUACUGAUUAUAUGGGAAGUAAUUUUGAAGCCGAGAUUUACCUCAUGAGACUAUUAUUCGUACAUUGUUGGUCACAUAAGACAUUUUGCUGACGUAAAGAUGUAUAUGUGUGUAUACGUAUCAUAGCAAAGGCUGAAGUAUUGUGAGAUAUAUAUAUAUAUAUAUAUAUAUAUAUAUAUAUAUAUAUAUAUAUAUUUAUUUUUUUUUUUUUUUGGAUUACGUUUUUCCUGUCCAAUAUCUGAGAACCAUAUGAGAAGUUCGUUGGAUCUUUUUGUGACACUUGGACUUAUGUUACAGGUUUGUGAGAAAAAUAUGCGUCUUAAAAGUCGAAUAAUUUUAUUGAAGAAUAUAAGUAUACAGCAUAAAAUCGUAGCAUAAAGUUCAAGCAAUCGAGAAUUGUAUAAUACUGCACAAAUUGCAUUUCACUAAAUUAUUACGGAAAAAGUAAUUUUUACAUAAAGCGUAAUGUAUAAAAUAAAUUCACAAAGUAGCCUACUACAACCUACUACUAGUUACCUUUUUGAUAGACUACAGAAAUAUUUUAAUGAUAUUUAUACACAUUUAUUCAGACGUAACGAGAGUAUGUAUAUAUAUUAUAUAUAUUUAAACGAAAAUAUAUUUAUAAUAUAUUACAUAUUAUAUUAAUAUAUAUUACGCAUUCUAUAUUAGUAUAUGAUGUAUAUAUAUUAUAUAUAUCAUAUUAAUAUAUAUAUAUAUAAUUAUAUGUUAUAUAAUAUGUAUAUAUAUUGAAUGAAAAGUAUUAUUUCUCUGUAAAUGGCAAUAAUAAGUUAGUCAUAUUUAUAGAGUAAUUUUUGUUCUAGUGUUCAAAUACUAUUGUCGAGUACAAAUAGUGUGAAGUCAUCGUCGUUGUAUAUAAAAAUUUAAUAUAAUUCCAAUAGUAUAGUAUUCACCUGGUUUUUACCGUUAUAUUUAGUAUAUUGAAUGGUUGCGAUAAUCAUUAAAAACCGGCAUUACAGCACUAUUGAUUAGUUUCAUUUAUUUAUGUAUAAUUGUGUAUAACUAAUCAAAUAUAUGGCAAAUGUAGUGUCAAUUAAACAAGAUAAAAAAAAACUAUACAUUUCCUUAAGUAUAUCAUUUUUAUUUUUAACAAUCUUUAGUUGUUUUUCCACAAGCAACGUUUCUUUUCUGAAAUUAGAAUAAUAUAUAACAUGUUAAACUAUGUAUUUAUUAUCUAUUUGUGAAGAUUGUGUUGAAAUGCAUGUAAGAUAAAAUAGUAGAUGAAUAUAAAGACGCUGUUAUUUUCGUGGAGUAAAAAAUUUAAAGAGAA